AUGACAUUUUCUUCUCAAUUGAGAUGGACCCCUUAUGACUUUGCUUUGUGUCUACAAAAAUGCUUAAAAUCAAAAGCCUUGAGACCUGGCAAACAGGUCCAUGCCAUGUUGCUCACAACUGGAAUGAACAUGAACAUCUUGUCUUUGAGUGCCAAACUUGUUGGAAUGUAUUCAAGUUGUGCAGACCUAAAUUCAGCAAGGCUUUUGUUUCAAAAAAUUGAACAUCCAAAUGUUUUUGCAUUCAAUUGGAUGGUUUUGGGUUUGGUUUAUAAUGGGUACUUUGAUGAUGCAUUGGUUUACUUUCGUUGGAUGCGUGAGAUUGGUCACAUUGGUAAUAAGUUCACUUUUGCUAUUGUUCUUAAAACAUGUGUUGGUUUAAUGGAUGUUAACAAAGGGAGAGAAGUUCAUGCAAUGAUUUAUGAAAUGGGUUUUCAAAAUGAUGUUUCCAUUGGCAAUGGUUUGAUAGAUAUGUAUUGUAAAUGUGGAAGCAUUUCUUAUGCUUGUAGGGUGUUUGAAGAAAUGCCUGAGAGAGAUGUUGCUUCAUGGACAUCAAUGAUUUGUGGGUUUUGUAACGUGGGGGAUAUUGAGCAAGCAUUGGUGUUGUUUGAGAGGAUGAAGUUGGAAGGAUUAGAGCCAAAUGAUUUCACGUGGAAUGCUAUCAUUGCUAUGUAUGCUCGUUUGGGAGAUAGCAAGAAAGCUUUUAGUUUCAUGGAGAAAAUGAAAAAAGAGGGUUUUCUUCCUGAUCUUGUUGCAUGGAAUGCGUUGAUUUCUGGCUUUGUACAAAAUCAUCAAUUUAGUGAAGCUUUUAAUUUGUUUCGGGAGAUGCUAGUUUUAAGGAUUUGUUCUAAUCAAGUAACUAUUGCAGCACUUCUUCCUGCAUGUGGAUCAGUAGGUUCUGUUAAAUGGGGAAGAGAAAUUCAUGGAUUUAUAUGCCGGAAAGGGUUCGAUGCCAAUGUUUUCAUUGCAAGUGCUCUUAUUGACAUGUAUUCCAAGUGUGGUAGUUUAAACAACGCUCGAAAUGUAUUCGACAAGAUUAGUUGUAAGAAUGUUGCAUCAUGGAAUGCAAUGAUUGAUUGCUAUGGUAAAUGUGGCAUGGUUGAUUCCUCCAUGGAACUGUUUACGAAAAUGCAAGAAGAAGGAUUGCAACCAAAUGAAGUUACUUUCACAUGUAUUCUUUCAGCAUGCAGCCAUAGUGGUUCAGUGGAAAAAGGUUUAGAGAUCUUCACAUCAAUGAAAGAAUGUCAUGGGGUUGAUGUAAGUAAGAAGCAUUAUGCUUGUGUUGUUGAUCUCUUCUGUCGUUCAGGAAAGAUAGUAGAAGCGUAUGAAUUUCUUAAGGCCAUGCCAAUACAAAUCACAGAGUCAAUGUCUGGAGCUUUUCUAAAUGGGUGCAAAAUCCAUGGAAGAAAAGACCUGGCUAAAAAAAUGGCUGAGGAAAUAAUGAGACUGCAGUUAAAAGGGUCUGGUGGCUUUGUUACACUAUCAAAUAUUUAUGCUGGUGAUGGUGAUUGGGAAGAGGUUGGGAAUGUGAGGAAGUUGAUGAAAAAGAGAAAUGUCAAUAAGUGUCCUGGUUUUAGUUGGCUUGAAAAGCCAUGUGAGAUUCUUGAAGAAAAGGAAGAGAAAGAAGGGACCAUUGGGUUGAAUAUAUGA